AGGUAACAGGUGUUGUUGACGAUUUAAAUUAUUCGCAAACAAGCAAAUUUUAAAUUUCAAAUCAAAUUUCAUUUUAUCCUAAAUUUUCUAAAAAUUUCUUUUAUAAUUAUUUUAACAUACUCACAAUUAACUCUUAAAAAUGUCAAAAAUCAUUAAAAAAAGUAAUUCGAUUCAAAACGACAGUUUGAAAUCAAAGGAAAACUUCAAUUUGGCUGACAUGUUUGAAUUUUAUGCUCGAAUAGUUAAGUUAGUAAUACUAAGAAAAGAUGACACAGAUAUUAAGUCAAAAUACUCGAGUUGGCUGAAAGCGUUGAGAAAACAUCCAAAUGCUGCGGUCAAAUACGAUUACGUCAAAUUACUCGUCAUGGGACUUAAUCAUCCAAUUCCAGUUUGCCCUUUUAACGAAUAUCCACCUGACGUCAUCGAACCCCUAGAAGGCGAAUGGAUCGUAAACGCUAGGAAUAUUUUCUAUAAUAGCGAUCCGUCUUGUCGGCCGACGGUCUUGAACCCGCCAAUCAUAACUGCUGUGUCGGACGAUAAGCGUCAAUUUGCGGCCUAUCAGGAAAUACCGAAUUCAGGCCUUCAAUGUUAUUACGCUCAGUCUGAUGAACCACUAUAUGAGUGGUUUUUCAAACAAAAAUCGUUAUCAAUUCCACCCGAUAAUGCUGUCCAAGCAAUCCCGUUAGACUGGGAAAGGUCUUUGGCAGGAAUUCAAGUGGCACCUUCUAAAAUCACUUCUAAAAGGAAUACAGGCUCGUCGUUAAUUAAAAAACUGUCAUCGUUGAGCAUCAUAGGAAGUAAACUCGAAGAAAAAAGAGACUUUUGUAAAAUACUUGACACAUAUCAAGAAAUGUUUAAUAUAACGACGAACUUCAAGUGGAACGAAAAAAGUUUAUUAACAGGCGAUACUAUACCUGGUUCCGAUUUGUGUAUUGAUUGGUUUAUUCAUGAACAUGAAAGAACACAAUUGGACAUUGACGAGGAAAUGAUUAGGUCAUUCGAUAAACUAUACCCACAUAAUUUCCGUUUGUUGGUAAAUCCUAUAUUGUUAGAAGGAAUUGUUAAAAAAAUGGACUGUACUGAAGAAAACGCUAAAUGUAUGGAUGCAGAAUGUGCAAAAAUUGAAGAAGAGGAUUGCAAAAACCGAAGUUGUGAUACAUACUUGUAAGCUAUCCUGGAGAUGCUACAACGGAAUGGCUUGGACAGAAUUAUCAGACAGAAUUGAUAACGAUUUACGAUAAUUAUAAAUGUUAAUGAUAAGCCAAAUACCUUUCUAAGUCUAAUGGGAUUGAUUGGACAACAUUUUUGGGUGGAAUUGAUAACGAUUUUUAUUUGAAAAACCACUCAUAUAGUUCACCAGACUGAGCGUAAUAACAUCAAAAGCCUGAAUUCGGUAUUUCCUGAUAGGCCACAAACUGACGCUUAUCGUCCGACAUGGCAGUGACGAUUGGCGGGUUCAAAACCGUUAGCCGAUAAGACGGAUCACGUUACGAUUCAUUCGACUUCUAGGAGUUCGAUGACGUCAGAUAGGUAUUUAUUGAAAGGGCAAACUGAAAUGUUGAUGAAAAGAUUGUCAUAGUAUUAAAAAAUAAGAAUCAUAAUAUUACAUAUUUAAUGAAAAAUCAUUCAGACCGAGCGUAAUGACUCCAUAAUCCUGCUUCAGUAUUUCCUGAUAAGCCGUCUACGGAUACUUAUUAUUGUUCGACAUAGUGGUCUCGACUGGAAAUAAGAAUAUGUUUUAGAAUCAACAGUGCAAAAUUAUCAUUUUUAUAAAUUGUAAUGCUAAUAAAAUAACAGUCGUUUUAUA